UUAGCACAGGGGUGAGCCUGCUUUCUAUGUUUCUUGAUGCCCUUCUCCACUAGACCACUAGGGCCUGUAUUUCCUGGGAAGGCAACGCAUGGUUAUGUUGUUUUGGGAUAACAAAUGGGCCCUUCUGUUAUAGGCCAUGUACUUGCAUCUUAGUGCCGUUGGCAAACAUCAUUUGGCAAAUCAUUAUUCAAGUAUAGGAAAUCACAAGGAAAUAUCUGAUUUUGUUACAGCAAAAAGGAAGAACAUGUCUCCUCAGAGCAGAGAGGUUAGUACCAGCAGGCAGCAGCACAGUGGUUCUAUUCUAGUCGAAGUUAUUGUGAAAAUUGUUACAAAACCAGUAUUUGAUCUCAUCAAAUGCAGCAAGAAUGGAGUUAGAGCAAUAUGUAACAGUCAAGGAGUGAAUGCCAUGGUAACAGCUAUGGUUAAAGACUUAUUGCUGUUGUUACAAAGAGUCACUAAUUCCUAGAAUUAGUGAUCAAGUAAUCUCCCUAUAUAUAUGUGUAAUCCUGAGAUGAAUAAAGUUACAGCUUUUCAUUAUACAUUUUGUCUCCACAAAAUUAAUUUACCCUAAUACGUUAUCAGCACGUGACACUACUGAGCAAGAAGAAGAAUUACCAGCUUUACAAGGGUAAGCAUGGCUCCACGUUCAUCCUCCUUUGAAGCUGGUUCAUCCCUUCCAAGGAACCUCCGUGCUCGUCUCCUCCGCCGCAUGCUGGACGCCCUCCUACGGACUCCCCUGCAACACCAAACCACGUGUGUAUCUCGUGGGACAAUGUGGAUUAGAGAAUAGAGAGAGACCCAUGUCGUCAAGAACAUGGUGUAUAUAAUCUAUACAUAUGGACGAGCCGUGAAGCGGAGGAGGAGAGGAGGCAUUAAAGGCGCGAGCAGUGGAGUCGUCGCCAAACAAGCCACGGCGGCGAGCGAGCUCGAGGUUUCUUGCAAGUAACCGCCGGUUCCUGCGGCGGCCGGCAGCCGGCAGGGGUGGCCGACAAGCCAACCCCAGGCCUCGGUGGGGGCGGAGCUGCUUGGCCGGGUAGGCCCCCACUGCGUACAUAGGCAUGUAUAUAGCAGACAAGUGUCGCCGAAGGAUCCGAUAGACAUCGUCACUUGUCCGGAGGGGAUCGGUUUGAGACAGCGAGCUGCCGCCUCCUGCUUCGGUUCUGAACUUCCUGCGUGGCUGGAUCCGAGCGAGCUGCCAGGGACGCGUCUUGGAGCUUGCCUGCCUCCGGUCGGCGAACUCGCCGGGGUUAUGCGAAGGAGAAGGUCGUGCUUGCCUUGCGUGCCCAUGGGAACGGAGGCGCUGCCCAUCGAGAGGCAAUUCGUUCCUCCGGCCGUGCUACCGUCGUGGCCGGCCUCAGCAGUUUCAGAUGGAGGAUUUGCAAGGGGAAGCAUAGACCUCGGAGGCCUCGAGGUGCGGCAAAUCACCACGUUCGACAAGGUUUGGUCCACCUCGCAAGGCGGCCAGCACGGCGUCGGCGCCACCUUCUUCAAGCCCUCGCCUGUCCCUCCCUGCUUCUCCGUGCUCGGCCACUACGCGCAGCCCAACAGCCGGCCUCUCUUCGGCCACGUGCUCGUCGCUCGGGACACGUCCGGUACGGGAGGGCUCCUUGCCGCGCCCGUCGACUACAAACUCGUCUGGUCCAGCCCGGACGGCGCCGGCCAUUUCUGGCUCCGGACGGCGCCAGACGGUUACAAGGCGGUGGGCGCGGUGGUCACCGCCACGUCUGACAAACCUUCGCCCGAGGAGGUCCGGUGCGUCCGCGCCGACUUCACCGAUGCGUGUGAGACCGAGGAGUCGGUGCUCAGCAGUGACAAGGACGGCUUCAGCGCUGCCACUCUGAGGCCGGCGGUCCGUGGCAUCGACGCCCGUGGCGUGCACGUCGGCACCUUCCUCGCCCAGAGCAGCGCGACGCCGGGCGGCGCCUCGACGUUGGCGCGCCUGAAGAACAACAGCGCGCGUUACACGUCCUCCAUGCCUGCCCUGGCCCAGGUGAACUCCCUCCUCGCGGCCUACGCGCCGCACGUGUACCUACAUCCGAACGAGCCCUACUUGCCUUCGUCGGUGACGUGGUUCUUCGAGAACGGCGCGCUGCUGUACCAGAAGGGCAGCCAGACCCCGACGCCGGUGGCCGCCGACGGGUCGAACCUCCCGCAAGGCGGCGGCAACGACGGCGGGUACUGGCUUGAACUACCGGUGGACAGCAAGCAGAGGGAGAUGGUCAAGAAGGGUGACCUCGCCGGCGCGAAGGUGUACGUGCAGGCGAAGCCGAUACUGGGCGGGACGGUGACCGACCUCGCCGUGUGGAUCUUCUACCCGUUCAACCGGCCGGGGCGUGCCAAGGUGGGCAUCCUCACGAUCCCGCUGGGCGAGAUCGACGAGCACGUCGGCGACUGGGAGCACGUGACGCUGCGCGCGAGCAACUUCUCCGGCGAGCUCCUCCGGAUGUACUUCUCGCAGCACAGCGCGGGCACGUGGGUGGAGGCGUCGCAGCUGGAGUACCUCGGCGGGGACGGCGGGAACAGGCCGGUGGCGUACGCGUCACUGCACGGGCACGCGCUCUACCCCAAGGCUGGUCUGGUCCUGCAGGGCGACGCGAGGUUGGGUGUUGGGAUCCGGAAUGACACCGCCAGGGGCAGCUGGCUGGACACCGGCGGCGCCGGGCGGUGCGAGUUGGUGUCGGCGGAGUACCUCGGCGUGGCGGAGCCGGCAUGGCUCGGGUUCGAGCGCGAGUGGGGGCCGAGGGAGGAGUACGACAUCGGGCGCGAGAUCAACCGCGUGGCGAGGAUCCUGCCGCGGUCGGCGAGGGAACGGCUGGCCAAGCUGGUGGAGAAGGUGCUCGUCGGUGAUGGGCCGACGGGGCCCAAGAUGCACGGCAGCUGGAGAAACGACGAGAGGGAGGCCUGACGGCUGAUAAGGCCUUGCAUGGCCGAUCGAUGCAGUACUCUCGUGUCGUGUAUAUAGUAGUUAGGUUGAAUCAACGGUUUGUAAAUGUUAGAAGUAAAAGUGAUCGGAAUGAUUGAUCGUAUUGAUUAAUGGUUUAUACCACUUCUUAUAUAUGUACAAGAGGGAAAGAGUGACUAUUCUCGAAGGGACAUGCCCCUUCGUGAAUGGCCCCUUCGUGAGUUGGCCCUUUCGAGAAAACCGUCUAAUGACUAAACUAAUUAACUAUUAUAGAAAUUGAUUACUAAUACUAAUUUCUUCAUAAUACUCCCCCUGAUCAAUUUUCUCUUUGUAAUCAAUUUGAUCUUCUUGUGGUCUUGUAAUCAAUCAAAUAACUCCUUGAAAACCCUAUGAGAAAAAUCAGGAGAUGCGAUAUAUAUAACUCCCCCAAAAACCUUUCAGGAAAAAUGUGAGGAGAAUCUUUGGAAAACCCUGUGGGAAAAACCAAAGUAAUUCGGGUAUACUAGGCAAAACUCCUUCAAACCCAGUGGGAAAAUAAGGAGAAACACCAUAGUAUACAAUAACCAAUGUCAGUAGACCCUUUAGAUAACCCAAAGUCUUAGUCUAAUAACACCUUGACCCUAUGGUCAAUAUGCUUCAAAUAUCAUCUUCUAAAAAUGGUCAAUAUGCUUCAAAUAUCAUCUUCUAAAAACCCCGGUGGGGAAAACUAGAUGAUAUAGCAUAUAACUUUAUGUUGACAUUGCCUCAUCAAAAACUUUAUAUGAGAAACCUCAAUAAGAAAAACUCACAUAAAGAAAAGAGUACAAUGUAUCGUAUGUUCCAAUAUCAUCCACCAAAAACCUCUAUGGGAAAAAUGGAUGAUAGGACGUAAUCUUGUAUUGAUAUUACCUCAUUAAAAAUUUUAUAUGAGAAACCCAAAGGGAAAAAACUCAUAUAAAGAAAAGAAUGUAAUAUGAUGUUUUCAACAAGUUACUAAUCAGAGAGACGAGAGACUCUCCCCCUGAAACUUGCAAACUUUUCAUACCAAUGCACUCAACACAUAUGAAAUGUGCAAUAUGGUAUACUUUGUGAAAAUCUCAACAAGAUUAUCACAAUACUUAGUUUAUAAAUAUUCAUAUGUCCAUAUGACCUAUGGAACAGAACCAUCUUAAUGCAAAAUAUUACAU